CAGAGGGAUCAUCACAAAUAAACAAGGGAGACUUUUGAGAAAGAAAUGAAUGAUAUGAAGGAGUAUUAUGGGAGUGGAGAGACAAAGAAAGUGUCAUGGAGAGAAUCACAACUCAAAGGGUUGCGUCGUUUCCUCAUUGAAAAAGAAGAAGAUAUUUUGAAGGCCUUAAUGCUCGACUUAGGAAAGCAUCAAGUUGAAACUUUUAGAGAUGAGAUAAGAACUUUGAUGAAGUCCUUGAAUUUUGCAUUGAGUAACUUAAAAUAUUGGAUAUUAGGCAAAAAGGCUAAAUUGCCACAAAUAGCACUGCUUAGUAGUGCAGAUAUUGUUCCUGAACCUCUGGGCGUAGUCCUCAUUAUUUCAUCUUGGAAUUUUCCCUUUGGUUUAUCUUUGGAGCUACUAAUAGGAGUAGUAGCAGCUGGAAACACAGUGGUCUUAAAGCCUUCAGAGUUAUCACCAGCAUGUUCUUCCAUACUUGCCCUUGGACUUCCCAAUUUCUUGGACAACAAAGCCAUUAAGGUUGUACAAGGUGGACCCUAUGAAUCUCAGCAGCUUCUCCAGCAAAAAUGGGACAAAAUCUUCUUCACAAGAAGUGCACGUGUGGGAAAGAUUGUGAUGUCAGCAGCAGCCAAGCAUUUGACUCCUGUGACUUUGGAGUUGGGUGGGAAAUGUCCUGCAGUUGUUGAUUCACUUUCAUCUUCUUGGGACUUGGAGGUUUGUCAACAAUAUGAAUUUUACAAUGAUAAAAAGCCUGGAAAACCUAUUAAGUUCAUUGUGCUGUUGACCACAGAUGAAGUAGUUGGCUAG